CUGUCUGUCUCGCUCUCUCUCUCUGUCUCACUCUCCCUCCCUCCCUCUUCUUUCACAUACUUAAUUUUUACUUUCUGACACUCUCCUCACAUCACUCUUCUAUAGCUUCACUCCUUUACUUAAUUUUUUUGAUCUCAUCACUUUACUGGAAAGUUCAGCUGUCACCAUGAAGACUAAGGCCAUCCUCAUACAGACUUUGUUGAACUUAAUUCUCCUGUUUGGAGCAUCUUCUGCUGAUGAUCAAACUUCAAUCAACACCACUUCGUCUUCUCCUUCCCUGAAGAACACAACAACAUCAUCUGAAGAUUCUACACAAGGCUGGAAUCAGUCUACUAUGACAACAGAGGGAAAGAGUGAGACCAAACAGAAAGACUCCACCACUGCAUCUUCAUUUACUUCAGGUUUCCGAUCAACCGACAAACUUAACUCCUCUGUGUCAACAAACACAACAGCCAUUCCGUCUUCCGACCAACCCCCCCUUAGCAAGUUAAUGCUUUUUCUGAUCCUGUUGGCCAUCAUGGUGUUGGUACUGUGUGUGGGAUGCAUCCAUGGUAUCUGGAAACAGGAGUCAGGUGAAGGAAACUCUGCCCCCAGGCUCCUACUGAGCAUGAGGCACAGGCUGAGAGAGGCAAUUUGGAGGCUUCGCCUCUGGCCAGGGGGGAAGAGAGGAGGGGAGGAUGAUGAGGAGGAGGAGGCAGAUGGAAGUCAGGGAGAAGAAGAAGGACAGAAGACAGAUGAGGUUGGAAAAGGAGCUGGCUGUGGCGCAAGGAACAAAGAAAAGGAGGAACACGAGGAGAUAGACAGCGAUGAUUCAUGUUCACACUCCACUAUGGAGGGAGACAACCAGAAGGCGGAGGAGAGGAAGCAGAGUGUGAACGAGGAUGGGGAGGAAACGAGUAGUGGGAGUGAGGGAGACAAAAGCACUGUGGAGGGAGAGAGUGGUGGAGAUAAGAAGAGAGGCUUAGAGGAGAUAGCACUUGUCAACUGUCCGCAGGAGGAUGACGAGCAGAUCGAUUUAUGUAAUGUCACCGUCCUGUAGUGAUAGUGCAUGAUUGGAAGAAGGAGGGAAAGAUGGCAGGAGGAGAAGAGGGUCAAACUGCUGAUCAGGCAUCAGAUUUAGGAGAAUGAUGAUUGUGAUGUUGUGAUUGUUUUAAAUGCAUAGUUUCACUUACUUAUAGACAUAGACAUACCCAUAGACAGUUUAUGUAUGUUCAAUUUAGUUAAUCAGUAAAUGCCAGUAUAUAAAUCAACCAGUAUUUCUUUAAACCUUCUAAUGUGUGAGAAUACAGUCAGUGUGUUUGAAGAGAUUUCAAAUAAACUGUUGAAAUAUC